UCCACUUUCCACAGGCAUAUCUUAAUUAAAUGAAAUUUAUCACCACUAAACAUUAAUUUGAGAAGUAAUUUGCAAGGAGCAUUUGAAACUUUGAUAAAUUCUCCAGUGACAUUCUUAUUAAGCAUUAAGUUUACCACUAUAACUUGGAAAAGAAACGGGGAAAGAUCAUCUUUCUUACAUCUAUUCGGAAAAUAAACUGCGACCGUCCCACAUUAGAUGAACAUGUCACUACCAUCAUCAUUCACGCCAUCAACAUCACUGGCGUUGACGUCGGUUGGUUCCAUGACCGACAUCAUUCUUAUGAUGUCGACAUCCUACAAAAACCAUACGGCGUCGAUGGACAUGGUGGAUUUGCCAACGUCCGAACCGGUUUGGGCUUCUACUCCGACCCAGACGGAAGCGGGUUCCACCGGGAACAUUUCAGCGAUACAAGUCGUGCUUUUGACUGCGUUCAUCAUAUGCAUGAUAUGGGGGAACAUUGGGAAUAUGUUGGUCAUGGGCGCCAUAUUGAUUGACAAGAAGUUACGUAAUACCGUGGCAAAUAUCUUCAUCUUUAAUCUUGCCAUAGCAGAUUUUUGUGUGACAUCAUUUGUCGAUCUUUCCUACGUCCUCGGAAACAUCUACCCCCAUUGGCUUGAAAGUCACUCGAUCUUGUGCAAUAUGGCCGCCUCUGUGUGUAUCAUAAGCUGUACAUGUUCCAUGUGGAGCAUAUGCUCUAUCAGUAUCAACAGAUACGUGUGCAUUACUAAGUCUAAAUUUUACGGAACCAUCUACACACGUCGGAAUACCCUCCUCAUGACGGCUAGUCUUUGGAUUCUAUGUGCUUUUAUCGACUUACCCAACUACAUCGGCCUGGGCGCGCAUAUUUUUGAUGAGAAGAAGAUGGGCUGCUCGUUCGACCGACUGGGAUACUACGGCUAUACGGUUUACUUCAUUGGAAUGGGGGUUUUGAUUCCACUGUGCCUUGUUCUCUUCUGUUACAUCCGGGUCUUUUCGUUCGUCCGCGAGAGUGAAAGAAAGAUUCAUAGCUGGCGAAUUCAGGGUAACGCUACUGCCCAGAACCAGGCCCCGCGGGUUACAAAGGCAGAUCGACGACUUAUGAUCACCGUCUUCAUCAUCUUCAUCGUGUUCUUGACCUGCUGGACCCCAUACGUCAUCAUUGUCCUGGCCGACGUCAACAACGUGUAUCCGAGAGAACUCUACGUCGGAGCAGUUAUCUUGGCCCACCUCAACUCCAGUAUGAAUAGCAUUCUCUACGGGAUCACCAACCGAAGGUUCCGAGCAGCAUACAAGCGUUUAAUCUUCGCCCGAUGCUGCAGUAGGGAUGAAUCCGCUAAGGAUAACAGCUUCACCUUGGACUCAGCAGAUAACCCCAGCGGAAAGACCAGGCCAACAGAAGAAAGUCGGAUUGCAUAAGGGCACUGACCCGGCCUACGUGAUGGUGCUACAUAUGCAGAAGGGCUUACACCGAGACUUUAGAAAUGUCGAACGAAAGGCAUGGUCACACCGCCCGAGCUUUGUUGGAGCGGUCGUGAAGCGGAGAGAAUAAAAAAUCAACACCGCUCGCU